UAUGUGGCGGCGGGGGAGAAGGUGGAGUGUUUGUGAAGCAUCUCUAUGAGUGCAACGGCGAGACUAAAGCUGCCUGAGCCAUCGGGUUGUCGCUGCCUGUCGGGGAGAGGCCGCCACCGAAGUCACAUGUAGUGGUGGAGGGAGUUGUUGCCGGAACAUGAGGCCGCGGCAGCGGCACACACACAGUUGCAGUCUAUUGUGAAUUAGGAAAGUUGACCUGCUUCCUUUUUCCUAUGAAAGCAGUUUGUCAGUAGAACAGAAAAUGCUCCCAGGAGUUGGCGUGUUUGGGACAGGGAGCACCGCACGGGUUUUGGUCCCACUGUUGCGUGCUGAAGGCUUCACCAUCGAGGCACUGUGGGGAAGAACGGAGGAAGAAGCUAAGCAGCUAGCCGAGGAAAUGAACAUUUCCUUCUACACAAGCCGGACUGACGAUGUUUUGCUCCACCAGGAUGUGGAUCUGAUCUGUAUCAAUAUUCCUCCACCUCUCACAUGUCAGAUUGCUGCCAAGGCAUUAGGUAUUGGAAAGAACGUGAUCUGUGAGAAAGCUGCUACUUCAGCAGAUGCCUUCAAAAUGGUGAAAGCAGCUCGUUACUAUCCUAAGCUGAUGAGUAUUGUUGAUAAUGUCCUUCGGUUCCUGCCAGCAUUUAUCAAAAUGAAACAACUAAUUGAAGAAGGCUACAUUGGUAAUGUCAUGAUCUGUGAUGUACGGGUUUAUUGGGGCAGUCUUCUCAGCAGUAAGUACAAUUGGAUUUGCGAUGAGCUGAUGGGUGGAGGUGGGCUUCACACAAUGGGCACCUACAUUGUGGACCUUUUGACUCACUUGACCAAUAAGAGAGCUGAGAAGGUCCAUGGUCUCUUGAAAACCUUUGUCAAGCAAAAUGACAACAUCCAUGGGAUUCGGCAUGUUACCAGUGAUGAUUUCUGCUUCUUCCAGAUGUUAAUGAAUGGAGGUGUAUGUAGCACAGUUACACUCAACUUUAAUAUGCCCGGCCCAUUUAUUCAUGAAGUCAUGGUUGUGGGGUCUGCAGGACGUUUGGUUGCUCGUGGCACAGAUCUGUAUGGCCAGAGAAACACCACCUUCAAAGAGGAACUGCUGUUUGCUGACACCAUGUUGGUAAAUGCAGUUGGUGUGCUGGAGAAAGCAUUUGGUGAUAUUCCCCUCUUGUAUUUGAAAGGCAUUGUUUACAUGGUGCAAGCCUUGAGUAAGUCCUUUAAAGAUCAGGAGGAUCGGCGCACUUGGGCUCACAAGCCAGUUUCAAUGGCUGCUUCAUUUGAAGAUGGUCUUUAUAUGCAAAGCGUUGUGGAUGCUAUUAAGAGAUCCAGCAGAUCUGGAGAAUGGGAAGUCAUUGCUGUGAUAGCAGAAGAACCUGACUCCAAUCAGAAUUUAUGUGAUGCCUUGCAACGUAAUAAUCUAUAAUAAACAGUGCAGUGUUGUAAUACAGGGAACAGUUCCAUCAAGAUCGAUUCAAAUUAAUCUUGUUUUGGGGUAUCAAAAGUUGUUUUUUAAAUGGUGUUGUGCUGUUACUGUGUGCAUUUUUAUUUGUUGAUUGCUGCUCUUGUUUCCAAAUUUUGUGUGAAAUCACCAUAUUCUGCUUUUUUAAACAUUCUAAUUUUUGAUCUCCUUUCAACCUGACAUCAUUUAACAUUGGUUGACGUUCAAAGAAUGAAAACUUCCAGAUUCCUAACUUCUCAAUGUAGAUAUUAUGUAUUCAACACUGCAAGAUCAAAAUUUACUCUGGGGCAAAAAAUUUUAAAAAUCAAACGAGGGUUCCAGUGGUAAGAUGACACAAUUGUAGCUGAUUGUAUAUUAUGCAUUUACCUAUUUCAGUGUUGUUUGAUUGCAUGCAUUUUAGUUUGUUAUUCCAAGACAAACACAGCAUCAAGUUGCAAACUUUCUUGUUCUCAUCGUUGAAAUUGCAUAAAUAAUUAAUGUUAUGCUGAACAUAGCUCCUCGUUACAAAUGCAAGUUUGCUGAGACUGAAUGAUUCUCUCUGGUUCACAGACAAAAUUGAUCCUGACCUUGGCAUCAGCAUGUGAUGUCUCUGGUGUAGAGCUUCCUUUAAGGAUAUCUGUUAAUUAUAUUUUUAAGAGAUACUGAGUUCUCUCUCCAAUUACUUUGGUUAGUUGGGUUAGCAUAUUCAGAGAUUUUAACAUUCUUCUGGCAUGAAAUACUUAAAAUCACUCGGCCUUACACUAAAUUUUGAUAAGUGAAGUAGGACUCGGAAGGUAUGCAGUCAUUCAUAGGGCUACUUUAAGGGAUGGGGAAGGGUGAAAGGUUGAAGCUGAUACUGGCAUCUGUACACCAUUCCUAUCUUUAGUGAGAUGCAAACCAGAUUUCCAAACACUAAUCUGUCUGUUUGAUAGCAAUUUUUUUCUCUUCUACUGUGAUCAUCUCAUAACAGAACAUUCUUUAAUAUUUUAGCAAUUACAAAAACUAUUGUUAAAUGUUUACAAACUGAUGUUUCUGUUCAGAUUUUUAUUUUGUGAAGCUGGCUGCUGAUAGGACUGCAAGUAAAAUAAAUAAUGAGCAGCAGAUUGCAUAUAUAAAUAGAUUUAUUUCUAAACGUAAGAGAUUGGUUUAUGAAAGCCUCAUUAGAAUUGGGUGCUACAGGGUGUAGCAUUCUCAUUCAACGAUUCAGAAUGUAUAUCCUGUAUUCAAUUUGCAUUGCAAAAAUGGCUGGAAUGUUUUUGUAAUGUGAUUUUUUUUCUUCCCCACUUUGUUAAAUAGAAAAUUAGUAAGUACGAUUUGUUUUAUGGACCUGCAGGUCUUACCUUUUAAAUCCAAGUUGUACAAUAUUUUUGGCAUAGUUUUAAGAGAAAUUAAAUUUAGUUUUCCAAACUUUGUAUAUGUUGAUUACAUAUUUAUUAUGGUAUUAAGUGACUUUUAUUAAAUCAUGUUUGUUUGGCAGGACUUUUCAAGGUGGGGAGUGAAUUGGUGUUCAAGCAUACAGCUAGGUUGCUUAAUUGAAUAGGUGCAGAGAAUAGGUUACCUAUAGAUAUUUAUUUUUGUUUAAAAAUUCAGAUGUGGUUAUUUAUAUUAAGGUUUUUUGAAUUUAUAGGGGCUCAGAUUAAACUUGAUUUCCUAUGUGAAAUGCUUAAAAGUUUAUUUAACAAUUUUGCUAAUGUAUUUGUAGUAACUUCGUAAUAUAUAGGUUUGGGGAAAUAGGUUGGUGUCCAUAUGUCAUUAAUGUUUGACUGGUUUUAUAUAACAAUGGUUUGUAAUCAAUAAUAUAGUUAUGGAUUCAAAACUGUUCAUUGGAUCCAUUGGUUGUGUUUAAGCAGAAAACUGAAACACUGACAAAACAAUGUCUGUAUUUGUUUUGAAUGUUCUGUAUCUAGGGAAGACAGCAUGUGCUGUUCUGGGAAAUGUGCCUGUUACAUAUUCUGUCUCUAGUUCGAGUAUUCCAUUAAAAUUUGAAAAUUUC